CCUACAUUAACCAAUAGCUUUCAGACACAUUUGUUAGUCUUAUUUUUAAGUCCUGUUUCGUGUUGUGGGUGUCAGGAUCUUCUAACUAUGGGGAGACCAUGGGAUCUGUCCGUGGUACAUAGUCUAGUGGUAGCUACUGUAUUGGCAUGUGUCUUGUGUGAUCCGUCAUCAUUACUGUCUGAUAUUCCUGUAUCAAGACCUAAUGAGGGACUUUCAACAGCCUCAGACACUUUGGCUAAAGAAGGGGAGGCAAUCAGCUUGGAUGGUCUAAGCGUUGAACAGUUGAAGCAAGCACGGGAACAUGCUGAAAAACGACAGUUUGAGGCUGAGGUUGAUCGUAUGAUGAAAAUAAUAGUUAACUCUCUGUACAAAAAUAAGGAGAUCUUUCUUAGAGAAUUAAUAUCAAAUGCAUCAGACGCUCUGGAUAAGAUUCGUGUUCUUUCGCUAACUAACAAUGAAGUUCUUAAUGAGUCUGACGAAAUGAGUAUCCGAAUAAAAGCCAAUAAAGAUGCACGAACACUUCAUAUAAUAGACACAGGUAUAGGCAUGACAGAAGCUGAACUUACCUCUAACUUGGGAACCAUUGCUAAGUCUGGAACAUCUGAGUUCUUGACUAAAAUCGCUCAAACUAAUACGGCCACAGAAAAGUCUGACCUCAUUGGCCAGUUCGGUGUCGGGUUCUACUCUUCUUUCUUAGUUGCAAACAAAGUUUUGGUUGUAUCCAAGAGUGAUAAUGAUGACCAGCAUAUCUGGGAGUCCAAUUCCACUUCAUUCGUAGUUUACAAAGACCCACGUGGAAAUACUCUUAAACGUGGCACUGAAAUUGUCCUUUAUUUGACGGAGGAGGCAGAAGAUUAUUUACAACCCGAAACUCUUAAAGAAGUUGUAAAAAAAUACAGUCAGUUCAUCAAUUUCCCCAUUUAUGUAUGGUCGAGUCGAGUGGAAUCGCAGGUUGUUGAACCCGAAGAACAGGAGGAGUCAAAAACAGCUGAUUCUGAAGCUAGCGUUGAAGAAGAAAGUGGAAAGAAAAGUGAAAGCAAGACCGUAGACAAAGUCGUCUGGGACUGGGUACGUGUAAAUGCAAAUAAACCUAUUUGGAAACGCAAACCGGCCGACGUUACUGAUGAGGAGUACAAUGAUUUAUUCCGUGCCUAUUCAAAUGAUAAUGACGAUCCUCUCGCCAAGAUUCAUUUCAGUGGUGAGGGAGACGUGUUAUUUAGUUCAAUACUGUAUAUACCAAAACAUCUUCCCUCUAACAUAUUUCAGAUGCACAGUACUCAUAGUGAUAGGAUCAAGUUGUACGUUCGUCGAGUAUACAUUUCUGACGCGGCCGAUGAUCUGCUUCCUAAAUACUUGGCAUUCGUUUUUGGUAUAGUGGAUAGUGACGAACUUCCUUUAAAUGUUUCUCGUGAAAUGCUGCAGCAAAACAAACUCCUUAAAAUGAUAAAGAAAAGAUUGGUCAAGAAAGUAAUCCAGAUGAUUAGCGAACUUCCUGAAUCGCAGUUUAAAAAUUUCUGGAAGGAAUACUCAGUAAACAUAAAACUUGGUAUAAUUGACGAUCUUCCAAAUCGCACUAAGUUAUCUAAGUUCCUACGGUUUUGGACUUCAAACAGCACUGAAAACCAAUCAAGUCUUGCAGAUUAUGUUUCACGUAUGAAAAAUGGUCAGGAAGAUAUAUACUAUCUUACCGCAUCCUCAAUAACUGAGGCUAAGUCAUCUCCAUUCGUAGAAAGGCUAAUCAAGAAAGGCUAUGAAGUCAUUUAUAUGAUCGAUCCUGUUGACGAGUACAUGCUUCAGUCACUAACUGAAUAUGAUAAGAAAAAGUUACGAAAUGUGGCAAAGGGAACGAUCGAACUCGACAAAUCGGAAGAAGCAAAGACUCGUAAAGAAGAACUGGAGAAAGAAUUCAAACCUCUCUUGGAAUGGUUUAAAGAAAAUUUGAAAGAAUAUGUCGAUAAAACUGCCUUAUCAGAAAGAUUAUCGAAUACUCCAUGUGCUCUUGUCGCUAAUGAAUUCGGUUGGUCCGGAAAUAUGGAGCGUAUUAUGACUGCACAAGCCUAUCAAAGGGGUGGAGAUCCAUCAUCUAAUUAUUACUCUACUAUGAAAAAGGUCUUUGAAAUUAACCCACGCCAUCCAGUAAUGAAAAAGUUAAACGUUCUUAUAAAGACCAAUAAAGAUGAUCCUACAAUAAGUCAUACUGCGAACUUGCUCUUCGAUGUUGCAGUCCUUCGUUCAGGUUUUUCUGUUAAGAACCCUGUUGCUUUCGCAGAACGAGUUGAAUCUGUUGUAAAGAAAAGUUUAGAUAUUGAUCAAAACGAGUUGCUGGACGAAGAACCUGAGACUGAUGAGGAGUCUGUAAAGGAAGAAGUGAACAAAGAGUCGACUUCAAAUGAAGAUUCAACGGACGAGAAGUCAGAAGCAUCUUCGCAAAUUGAUAUACAUAGUCUUACUGAUUUCUAUGACAAUGAAAAUUAUUGGAAAAUGAACAAAACAGAAACAAAUCAAUUUUUGGAAUCCAAUCAAAUUAUUGAAUCUUUUGAAAAUAGUAUUACUCCUAGUUUCGUUACAACAUCAGAUUGUCCAACAUGCCGUCGACUUUUAGGGUGUAGUUCACGAGUUCAUAGUCAUCAAACUAAUAGAAAUUCUAAAGUCGAUCAGAUUGAUAACAAUGAAAAUGAUGACAAUGAUGAAGAUGAUUACAAUGAAUCUGAAACAACAGGAAUGACCAAUGAUUCUAAUAAUGAUGACGAUGAUGAUGGGGAAGAUGAGGAUGACGAUUUCGGGAAUUAUCUAGGUGAGAAAAUUUCUGAGUCAAAGAUUAAAUCAACAUUUAGACAUAUGCGUAAAUUAGAAGAGUCUAAAGAUAAUGAUGAUAAUGGUGAUAUCGACAACAACACUGAGUAUAAUGAGUGUUUGUCAAUAUGCGCUUAUAGGCAUGGAAAAAAAUUAGAUUUAAGACAUACCCCUAAUUUAGAAGAUGAUAGUAAAGGAGAAGAAGAUGAAGAUCAAUUAAAGGAAUCAACGACAGAAAACAAACUUGUACAAAAUGAAAAUAAAAAACAACUUCCUAAUCUUAAAAACAUACCUGAAAUACAUAAAAACAAAUUAGAAGCUGAUGUAAAAGCUUUGAAUGAAAAACUGCAAAUAAGUAAAGAUCAUCUUGUAAAACAUAAUGAACCAAAAAGUGAAAAGAUUACAAAAGUACAAAAUACUGAUGAAUUAGACGAUAUUGAUGAAGACGAUAAUGAUGAUAGUAAUGAUGAUGAUAAUAAUGAUUAUAAAGAUGAUAUUGAUGUUGAUCAAGAUGAUGAGGAUGAAAAGUUUGUAGAUAAUUACAGCAAUGAUAAUGACAAACAGGACACCAUAAAAGUAUUAAAGCCAGGCUGCAAAAAAUCUAUUCAAAAGGGUCAACUAUCAAUAGAUGAUAAUACGAAUAAGAAACUGAGUAAUAAUGAUGUUGAAGACUAUGAUUACGAUGACAGCAAUGAUGAUGAUAAUAAUGAUAAUGAUGAUGAAGAUAUUGAUGAAGUUGGUGAAGAUAAUGAAAAUGAUAAUCAUGAUGUAAACAGUCAAUCAAAUGAUGUUCCAUCUAAAGGAAAAGAUUUUAAUAUCGACCAGCAUAAAAAUAUAAAAACAACAGUUGACCAAUAUGAAGAUGACGAAUAUGAUGAAACUGAUGAUGAUUUUGAUCCAGAUAAUGAUAUUGAAGAAGAAAGUGAAGAUGAUCAACCAGAAGAUUUAGAUUUGGAAAUAUCACCUGAAGAAGGUUAUGAAGAUGUUGAUGAUCCUGAUUACAGUGAUUGGAUAGAGGCUGAUGAAGAAUUAAAUCCUAAUUGGCCUGGUGUAAGGAAAUUAAUGGCCGUUAAAACAACAACUCCUACUGCUUCAUCUAAAUCGAAAUCUCACUUGGAAACGGCUACUGGACAUACAAAGAAUAAGAAAGUUCCAUCAAAAACGGCAACACAUGUAAAGACCAUUUCUAAAACAUCAUCCAAAUUAUCCGAAAGUUCUAAAACAAAACAAUCCAAAGAUAAACCUUCUACUCAUCAUCAACAAAAUCAACCAGACAAGUUAAAAUCUUCCACAUUAGCGUCAUCAAAGCAUGCAGAAGAUCAUCACUCAAAGAAGGCAGCUCAUAAAACUGUUCCGUCACAAGAUAAAUCAAAAACAUCAGUUCCAACAAAUACAAACUCUAAAUCACCUCCACAAAAAUCGAAACCAGUACGAGUUAUUGGAAAUAUAAACGAUCAUGACUGUGAUGGUAUACCAGAUGAUAUUGAUGAAGAUAUUGAUAAUGACGGUCUUUUGGACAGAACACAAGAUUCCGAUUGGGAUGGAUUAUUGAAUCAUGUUGAUGAAGAUGAUGAUAAUGAUGGUAUCCCUGAUAUUGAAGAUGAAGAUGCUAAUGGUGAUGGAAUACCAGACUGUCGUUCUGAUGUUUCCGACUUAAAACUAAAAGUAAGAUACAAGAAGAAAAUGCGUAAAGUUGACAGCGACUUCGACGGUGUUCCAGAUGAUGUUGACGGAGAUGAUGAUAACGAUGGCAUUCCAGAUAUUAUGGAAGAUGAGGACAAAGAUCAAAUUCCUGACUUUUUAGGACUUACUCGUGCUGAUUUUUUAAAGGGUGUCAGUACUAAAGAAUUAAACAGACGAAUGAAUAAACGUGGUUGGUUUGAUCAUGACUGUGAUGGUAUUCCAGAUAAUCUCGAUCCAGAUGAUGAUAACGAUGGGUAUUUCGAUUCAAAACAAGAUAGUGAUCGUGAUGGUAUCCUGAAUGAAUUCGAUGAUGACGAUGAUAAUGAUGGAAUACCAGACAGCGAAGAUCUUGAUUCCAAUGGAGACGGUACACCUGAUUGUAUUGUUAAGGAUUCAGAUGGCGAUCAUAUUCCUGACCAUAUUGACACAGAUGAUGAUAAUGAUGGUAUACCGGAUUUACAAGAUCCAGAUCAUCCCAAUUUUGAUUAUUUACGUGAUUCGGAUAGGGAUGGUAUUCCUGAUACACUAGACAUGGAUGAUGAUAACGAUGGUAUACCAGAUAGCAUGGAUUUUGAUUCAGAUGGUGAUGGAUCGGAUGAUCUGUUUCAAGAUAUUGACAAAGAUGGGGUACCGGAUAGUGUAGAUGAUGAUAUGAAUAAUGAUGGGAUACCGGAUCAUAAACAAGAUCAUGAUUGUGAUGGAAUCCCAGAUAUUGUUGACCCUGAUGAUGAUAACGAUGGUUAUUUUGACACAAAACAGGAUAGCGACAACGAUGGUUUAUUGAAUGAAUGGGACGAUGAUGAUGAUAAUGAUGGUAUUCCAGAUGUUGAUGAUGAAGAUUCGAAUGGUGACGGGAUUAUUGAUUGUCAACCACAUGAUAGUGAUAAUGAUGGAAUACCUGAUCAUAUCGAUGAAGAUGAUGAUAAUGAUGGUAUACCGGACCAACGAGAUCCUGAUUCAAUGUCAUUUCUGCUGUAUAAACAUAAGCGUUUUCUUGAAGCUAUCCCAGCUCAUAUUGCACGACAAGAAGCCAACUUGUUAAAUGUUGAUUUAGGCGAUCCAAACGAUAAAGAUUGUGAUGGAAUUCCAGAUCAUAUUGAUAAUGAUUUGGAUAAUGAUGGAAAAAUCGACAGAACACAAGAUUCAGAUAUGGAUGGAUUAUUAAAUCACAUAGACGAAGAUGAUGAUAAUGAUGGUAUUCCUGAUGUAUUAGAUCCUGAUGCGAAUGGUGAUGGUGUUCCAGAUUGUCGACGUGAUGGUGGAUUACAUUAUAAAUUAGUUAAGUCACCUUCUGGUUUAAUUAAAAAAGUAUUAAGAAUACGUGAACCAACACAAGAAGAACAACAUCAAGCCUAUAUGGUUAAUGAAGCUAAACGUAAAUUAAUACGUAUUCGUGCUAAACUACGUGAACCUUUACCAAAGAAUACAAUACAAGAAAUUCCAUCAUUUGACUUCAAUGAUAACAUGAAUGAUAAUCCAGAUAAUCAUAAUGUUGAUGAAAUAAAAUCUAAAAUAAAAUCAUUUAAUUCAAAGUCUGUUCAGUCUAAUAUCAAUUCAAAAAAUGAACAUACAAUUAAACAUAGUCCAAAUAAUAAACAAGAAAAUGGCGGUAGUAUAAAUUCAAAGAAAGCAUCAAUACAAGGAAUCAAAUCUACGGGUUCACCUUCUUUAAAACAAUCAAAUCAACAACAAAUACCAAUAAAACAUAUCAAAGAACAAAAUACUGUUAAAUCAAAUAAUAAACAACAAAAUCGUAAAUUAGCAGAAAGUUUAACAUCAAAUGAAAAUACUGAUUCAUUUUAUUCUUUAAAUAAAGACAUUUUACUGAAUAUUCAUGAUAUAAAUGAUUACCCUGAUCAUGUUUCUGCUCCCUUUGAUAAUGUUGACGAUGAUGAUGAUGACAAUGAAAUAGAGAAUGAUCAAGAAGUUAAUUUAGCUGAUACAAACUUAAAAACAUCAAUAUUUGGCAGUUUUUUACUGCCUGGAGCCGAAGCAGGAACAGCUGAUGAAGUAACUGGAUUACAUAAAAAAAAUAUCAAGAAAAUGAAACAAAACGAAGCAACACAAACGAAACAAGUUGAUAAAUUAAAAUUAAAAGAAAAACAGAAGGUGAAUGAAAAUGACAAAAGGUUACACUCCACAAAAAACAAACAAUCAUGUGACGUUCAUUCAUGUCAACCAACAAAAAAUAACCAACAAAUGAAAACUCACCGAAAAUCUCAUUCUAUAACAAACUAUUUAUCUAGGCACGAUGAAGACGAUCAUGAUGACGAAGAUGAAACAUCGCUAGAUUCAGAUGGUGACGGUAUACCGGAUUAUAUGGAAGAUGAAAAUGGUGAUGGCAUUCCGGACUACCUAGAAGAUGAUGACAAUGAUGGCAUUCCAGAUCAUUUAGAAAGUGAUUCAGAUGGAGACGGUAUUCCAGAUUAUAUGGAAGAUGACGAUGGAGAUGGAAUACCAAACUACUUAGAAGACGAAGAUGGAGAUGGCAUACCAGAUUACCUGGAAAAUUGUAAAAAUAGCAAAAAUCAAGGUAAGUAUAAAAUAAACGAACGUCAAGUUCGAAAACAUAAAAAUAAACAAACACAUUCAGAUGAAAAUAAAAAAAAUUUAAGGCGCGACCGAAUAAACAUCAAUAAAAAAAUUCAAAGACAUGAAAACUACUCACCUUACGACCAUCUAGAAAGUGAUUCUGAUGGUGACGGUAUCCCUGAUCACCAGGAGGAUGAGGAUGGUGACGGAAUUCCAGACUACCUGGAGGACGAUGACGGGGACGGUAUUCCCAAUUAUCUCGAAACGAGUCACCUCAAGAGAGCAAGCAAAUUACCGAAACAUAUCGACAGAGACGGUGAUGGAAUUCCAGACCAUCUAGAGGGUGAUUCUGAUGGUGACGGUAUCCCUGAUCACCAGGAGGAUGAGGAUGGUGACGGAAUUCCAGACUACCUGGAGGACGAUGACGGGGACGGUAUUCCCAAUUAUCUCGAAACGAGUCACCUCAAGAGAGCAAGCAAAUUACCGAAACAUAUCGACAGAGACGGUGAUGGAAUUCCAGACCAUCUAGAGGGUGAUUCUGAUGGUGACGGUAUCCCUGAUCACCAGGAGGAUGAGGAUGGUGACGGAAUUCCAGACUACCUGGAGGACGAUGACGGGGACGGUAUUCCCAAUUAUCUCGAAACGAGUCACCUCAAGAGAGCAAGCAAAUUACCGAAACAUAUCGACAGAGACGGUGAUGGAAUUCCAGACCAUCUAGAGGGUGAUUCUGAUGGUGACGGUAUCCCUGAUCACCAGGAGGAUGAGGAUGGUGACGGAAUUCCAGACUACCUGGAGGACGAUGACGGGGACGGUAUUCCCAAUUAUCUCGAAACGAGUCACCUCAAGAGAGCAAGCAAAUUACCGAAACAUAUCGACAGAGACGGUGAUGGAAUUCCAGACCAUCUAGAGGGUGAUUCUGAUGGUGACGGUAUCCCUGAUCACCAGGAGGAUGAGGAUGGUGACGGAAUUCCAGACUACCUGGAGGACGAUGACGGGGACGGUAUUCCCAAUUAUCUCGAAACGAGUCACCUCAAGAGAGCAAGCAAAUUACCGAAACAUAUCGACAGAGACGGUGAUGGAAUUCCAGACCAUCUAGAGGGUGAUUCUGAUGGUGACGGUAUCCCUGAUCACCAGGAGGAUGAGGAUGGUGACGGAAUUCCAGACUACCUGGAGGACGAUGACGGGGACGGUAUUCCCAAUUAUCUCGAAACGAGUCACCUCAAGAGAGCAAGCAAAUUACCGAAACAUAUCGACAGAGACGGUGAUGGAAUUCCAGACCAUCUAGAGGGUGAUUCUGAUGGUGACGGUAUCCCUGAUCACCAGGAGGAUGAGGAUGGUGACGGAAUUCCAGACUACCUGGAGGACGAUGACGGGGACGGUAUUCCCAAUUAUCUCGAAACGAGUCACCUCAAGAGAGCAAGCAAAUUACCGAAACAUAUCGACAGAGACGGUGAUGGAAUUCCAGACCAUCUAGAGGGUGAUUCUGAUGGUGACGGUAUCCCUGAUCACCAGGAGGAUGAGGAUGGUGACGGAAUUCCAGACUACCUGGAGGACGAUGACGGGGACGGUAUUCCCAAUUAUCUCGAAACGAGUCACCUCAAGAGAGCAAGCAAAUUACCGAAACAUAUCGACAGAGACGGUGAUGGAAUUCCAGACCAUCUAGAGGGUGAUUCUGAUGGUGACGGUAUCCCUGAUCACCAGGAGGAUGAGGAUGGUGACGGAAUUCCAGACUACCUGGAGGACGAUGACGGGGACGGUAUUCCCAAUUAUCUCGAAACGAGUCACCUCAAGAGAGCAAGCAAAUUACCGAAACAUAUCGACAGAGACGGUGAUGGAAUUCCAGACCAUCUAGAGGGUGAUUCUGAUGGUGACGGUAUCCCUGAUCACCAGGAGGAUGAGGAUGGUGACGGAAUUCCAGACUACCUGGAGGACGAUGACGGGGACGGUAUUCCCAAUUAUCUCGAAACGAGUCACCUCAAGAGAGCAAGCAAAUUACCGAAACAUAUCGACAGAGACGGUGAUGGAAUUCCAGACCAUCUAGAGGGUGAUUCUGAUGGUGACGGUAUCCCUGAUCACCAGGAGGAUGAGGAUGGUGACGGAAUUCCAGACUACCUGGAGGACGAUGACGGGGACGGUAUUCCCAAUUAUCUCGAAACGAGUCACCUCAAGAGAGCAAGCAAAUUACCGAAACAUAUCGACAGAGACGGUGAUGGAAUUCCAGACCAUCUAGAGGGUGAUUCUGAUGGUGACGGUAUCCCUGAUCACCAGGAGGAUGAGGAUGGUGACGGAAUUCCAGACUACCUGGAGGACGAUGAUGGGGACGGUAUUCCCAAUUAUCUCGAAACGAGUCACCUCAAGAGAGCAAGCAAAUUACCGAAACAUAUCGACAGAGACGGUGAUGGAAUUCCAGACCAUCUAGAGGGUGAUUCUGAUGGUGACGGUAUCCCUGAUCACCAGGAGGAUGAGGAUGGUGACGGAAUUCCAGACUACCUGGAGGACGAUGACGGGGACGGUAUUCCCAAUUAUCUCGAAACGAGUCACCUCAAGAGAGCAAGCAAAUUACCGAAACAUAUCGACAGAGACGGUGAUGGAAUUCCAGACCAUCUAGAGGGUGAUUCUGAUGGUGACGGUAUCCCUGAUCACCAGGAGGAUGAGGAUGGUGACGGAAUUCCAGACUACCUGGAGGACGAUGACGGGGACGGUAUUCCCAAUUAUCUCGAAACGAGUCACCUCAAGAGAGCAAGCAAAUUACCGAAACAUAUCGACAGAGACGGUGAUGGAAUUCCAGACCAUCUAGAGGGUGAUUCUGAUGGUGACGGUAUCCCUGAUCACCAGGAGGAUGAGGAUGGUGACGGAAUUCCAGACUACCUGGAGGACGAUGACGGAGAUGGCAUCCCUAAUUAUCUGGAAAAUAAUGGUGCUACAUCAAUUUAUUUAAGUUUUUUGCGGAAAUCGAUCAUGAAUUUUCAUUCGUCGGAUGCAGACGAUAAGGUUAUUCCUGAUUACGUGCAUGGUGACGCUGAUGGUGAUGGUGUUCCUGACUAUCUGAAGGAUAGUGAUAAUGAUGGAGUACCAGAUUUUAUGGAAGAUGAUGAUGGUGAUGGAACACCAAACUAUUUAGAUGUUGAUUCUACAGGACAAAUCUUGCAACAUACGAUUUCGUAUAAAAAGCACUACGAUGUCAAUAAAAAUGGCAUACCAGAUGACUUGGAAAGUGAUCAGGAUGGAGAUGGCAUCCUUGACUUCAUGGAAGAUUCUGAUGACGAUGGUAUUCCAGAUUAUCUAGAGGAUUCAGAUAAUGAUGGAUUCCCAGACUAUUUAGAUGAUACAUUUAGCCCCAAACGUGAUAUCCAUUUAAAAUUUGAAGAUAAAAAUAAGAAUGCGAUACCGGAUCAUUUAGAAAGUGAUUCUGACUAUGACGGAGUUCCUGACUAUUUAGAAGAUUCUGAUAGAGAUGGUAUACCAGACUAUUUAGAAGAUACUGAUGCAGAUGGUACACCAGAUUACAUGGAUGAAGAUGCUGUUACACAAUUUUCUCCGAGAAAAAUACGCCAUCGUGGCAGCGGUCGAAAAUUUGCUGAUGCUGAUAGAGAUGGUAUACCAGAUCAUUUAGAAGGUGAUAUUAAUCAUAACGAUAUCAUUGACUAUUUAGAAGAUUUGGAUAAUAACAGUAUACCGGAUUAUCUUGAAGAUUCUGACAAAGAUGGCAUACCAGACUAUUUAGACGAAGAUGCUAAUACAAAAUUUUCCCCAAAAGUAUUAAGAUCAUUAAAGCCAGUCAGACAUUAUGCUGAUAUAGACGGUGAUUACAUACCAGAUCAUUUGGAAGAAGAUAAUGAUGGUGAUGGAAUUCCAGACUACCAAGAAGAUUCUGAUUCGAAUGGUAUUCCGGAUUAUUUAGAAGAUAGUGAUGGCGAUGGUAUACCGGAUUACAUAGAUGAGGAUGCUACGACACAGUUUUCACCAAAAAAAUAUCGUAAUUUACGUUCUUCUAUGAAAUUUGAAGAUGAAGACGGUGAUGGUAUACCAGAUCAUUUACAAGGUGAUUCCGAUGGUGAUGGAAUUUUAGAUUUUCUUGAAGAUAGCGAUGGUGAUGGGUUACCAGACUAUUUAGAAGAUGCUGACGGAGAUGGUAUUCCAGAUUAUUUAGAUGAGGACGCAAACAGUCAAUUUUCACCGAAACAUUUCACUGACAAAAAUAAAGAUGGUAUACCGGAUCAUUUAGAAGGAGAUUCAGACGGUGAUGGUACACCGGAUUAUCUUGAAGAUACUGAUCAAGAUGGUGUCCCAGAUUAUUUAGAAGAUUCCGAUAAUGAUGGUAUACCGAAUUAUUUAGAUAAUGAUGUUGUUGAUGUCGAAGUUGAAGCAGUUAUUGAAGCGUACGAUAAAGAUACUAACAAUAAUGGUAUGGCAGAUUAUUUAGAAGAUUGGGAUGGUGAUGGUAUACCAAAUUAUCUUGAAGAUGAAGAUCACGAUGGUAUUGUAGACUUCCUGGAUAAACAAGACAAUCGUUUAUUAAGAAGACUGACUAAAAAUAAGAAAUCAAAAUUUCAAAAUCCAAAUGAUAAAAAUGCCAACUUUAUACCAGAUCAUGUAGAGGAUGAUUUAGAUGGUAAUGGAAUUCCAGAAUUUAAACAAGAUUCUGACGGUGAUGGCAUACCGGAUUACUUAGAUGAAGAUUAUUUUCAUCACUUUCUAAAGGCAUCAAAAAAACAUACCACAAAGAAAAGAAAAGAAAGUAAAAAAUCUUCGAGUAAAAUCAAAGCCGCCCCUGGGAUCCCAGACAGUUUGGAUCAUGAUUCAAAUAGUGAUGGUGUACUGAAAGAGAAAGUUGCCGAUCGAAAUAACAACGGGAUACCAGAUAAUCUAGAGAUGAAAGACUCUGAUAAUGAUGGAAUUAUUGACCUUUAUGAUGACGACGAUGAUAAUGAUGGAAUUCCCGACGAUCAAGGUAUUUCAUCUUAAAAAAACCAUGCAAAUUCCUUGUCCCCCCUCACGCACCGAAAUGCGCUACAAAUUGAUACUGAAUGGCUUAAUAAAUAUUAUUAUUAUUAUUAUGCAUUUGUAUUGUUUCAUGAAAGAAGUAUUAAUUAAUGUGUGCGUGCACGUAAAAUCCAAAUUGCCUGAAAAUGUUCAAGAUUAUCAACUACAUGUCAUCAAACAUAGUUCUUCUCUAAUAAAAUUCUCUUCUCGAUCCCUUCAUCACCUCUCUUUAUAUUUUAAUGCUUCCUUUCCUGAUAUUUCCUAAUGAGUGAAAAAAAUGCGUAGACGGAGUCAGCCAAUACUGGAUAUAUUCCACCUUCCUUUUACACUUAUACAUAUGUAUACGUAUUGAUAUGAACCGUUUUGUUAUUGUUUCUGUUAUUUUAUUUUUACCCGUCUGUUGUUAAUCACAUUAUGAUGUACUACCGUCUUUGAACUGACCCAGAUUUCUUUAAAUGUUAGAUGUUUUUAUUUUCAUUGAUUUUCCGUGAAUUUCUAAACAGCAAUACUGCAUGUUUUAAUUUCUACUAGGAUCUUAUAAUGCGUUUGUCUAUUUGUAUGCUGAAGCUUUGGGCUGUAUGUUAAAUUUCUUCAUCCGUCUUAUUUAAAAACGUGCUCAUUGGAUGAAAAUGGAAUAUUAAGAUUGCAUGUUCUAUAAUGGGGAUUUUGAGUUAAAAUGAGAAACAUUUCCCUACCUAUAAAUAUAAAACAGUUACUUAAAUAUUAUAGUUCCUAAAAACAUUGAACACAUUUUAGAUCUAUGUAUUCCCAUUAAACUCUUCAAUUAGUGUCUUACAGAAGUUAUUGAUAGAACAUUUUAUUACUCAUAAUGUAAACAUUAAGCAAUCAAAUAUAAUCAACAUACAGAAGUACACCUAACUGACAACGGAAUAGUAAUCAGUGUUUUAUUGUCCAGUUCUAAAUGUUUAUCAAAUUGUAAUAUUGUCACUAGUUAGAGUGACUAUUUGUCAGGUACUGAGCAGUAAAACGGGGAGGGAUCAACAGAAGGCCAUAAAUCUAGGUCCCACAAUAGGUAUUACCAGUUAACAAGGCACAUCUCCAGUCUUAAAAGAAUUGAUGCCUCCAGUGAGGUUCAUAUUUAGGUCAUUACCCAUUAUCAUAGUCAGAGACGUUUGUUAGAUCUGCAGUAUAAAAUUGCCACUAAAAAUAAAAAUACGCCUUGCUAACGACUAUCAACCAGCAUGAAAUCCAAGAUUUCCAGCUUCCUGCCGAUCUCCUCUAACCACUUUAUAGAAUUAUUUCAUUUACAUAAUCAUGACAUGUAAUAAGCAAACCAUUUAAUCUAUUCGAAAUUUUUUGUAGUGAUGAGAUACUGAUAGCAGUAAACUAACAUAAUUACGUAGUAAGUAGAUUCAUGUAAUUUUAUAGAUAUGAUUUGAAAGUGUGAAGACAAUUUAUCAGUAUAACUUAUCUCUUUUACGAAGAAGUAUAUGAAAACUCUAAAACCCGAAGUCAAUGACCCUAUUGUCUGAGUUUUAAUACUUAGUCUAACGUGCUUCUUCGAAGGAAUCCUUAAUGUAAUAAACCAAGAUUUACAUGUAUAUGUAUGUUAAGUAUAAGAAUUUCAAUCAUAGUGGUUAUAUUCUUUGCAAAAUAAUCAGUAAGAUUACGAAUUUGAAAUGGUAAUAUUUGAUGAGAUUUUGAAGAAUAAAAGAAAAACAAUUCGACAAAAUGUAUUAACCACCAGAUAGUCAAAUCAGUAGCUUGUACAUAUUUACGUACAUAUCUAUCUAUUAAAAGGCUUCAAUUAGUUCUUUAAAUAAUUUAAUAUAGACUGUCUCUAAAUUAAAUAAUGAAGAGAUAAACAGAUAUUCGGUAAACAGGAUAUGAAAGUUUAAACACUGAAUUUAAGUUCGAUAGAUAAGACUUGUAAAGAGUAUCAUUUGUAUUAUGGACAACUAUCUUCUAUAAUAAUUAAUCAGGCAAUCAUAUGAAUCAAUUAGUAUCCUUAAUAAUGUUACUGUUGUACUAAGUGUCUUAAGUUAUAAACAUUCUCUGCUUAUAAUUGUAUUAUUUUUAUGUAACAAUGGAAGACAGUGAACCUUUUAUUGUUUAACAUUGAUACACUUGUGUUUCUAAAAUUGUUAUUGUAAACAUUAUCUACAAAAUUUCUUGUUGGAAUGUUCUAUUCUUUUUCUAUUUAGACGAUGACGACGAUAAUGAUGGUAUCAAGGAUUAUCAUGAAGAUCAAAAUGGUAAUCAGAAAUUGGACAUUCUUGAAGCAAAAGAUACAGAUGGUGAUGGCAUCCCUGAUUAUCUAGAUGACGACGAUGAUGGAGACGGUAUACCUGAUUGCGAUGACGAUGAUGACGAUGGUGAUGGAGUCAUUGAUCUACUUGAUACAGAUGAUGAUAACGAUAAUAUACCAGACUACUUAGAUAGUGAUUCCGAUGGAGAUGGUAUUGACGAUAAAAAACAGGAUAGAAAUCGUCAUAAAACUACUAAUCCAAAAGAAACUAUCAAGAAAAAUAAAGAAACCAAAACAAUGGUGCAUUCAUCUUCACCUAAAUCUCAACUACCAGGACAUUCAAAAAGCAAAGCACUACCUAAAAAGACCACACAAGAUUAUGAUAAUGAAGACAGUGAAAAAACUGAUGAUGAUUAUAACAACAAGAAACUAUCUAAAAAGAAAGACAGUGGCAUCAAUAGUGAUAAUGAUGAUGACGAUGAUAAUGAUGAAGACGAAGAUGACGACGAUGAAGCAGAUGAUAGCAAACCUAUGACGAAAACUAGGUCUAUAGUUUUAUCCAUAUUAAAACGAAUCGAAAACAUCUUUGGCGUUGAAGAUGAUGAUGGGGAUCAUGAUGCUGAAGAAGAUGAUUCUCAUGAAGAAAUUCAUGAUCAUUAAAGUGUUAUUUUAUCCUCAUUUUUAUACUAAAGAGAUUUCAUAUGAUUUUAUCAAAACGAAAGUUGUUUUAGAACCAUUAAGUAGUACAAUCAACCAUUACUACUCAUUCUCUUAACUUAGUUUACAUCUGUUGAAUAUACUAGCUCAAUUGACAAAUCUAAUGUUUUGAUGUAUGAUAAUGUGCAGUUGUGUACCUUACCACUUUUUUCUUUUUAAAGAUACUCUUACAUAUUAACUAAAUCCUUAGAAUAAUACUCUCAUACAAUAGCUUUACUUUUCAUCCACUCAGUCUUUUUGUUCUCCCUCUUCAACCCUUCUUUAUUGCUUCAUUUUCGAAUCAGUUAAACUAUUCAUGUUGUAACUCAUCCAAUUUCUUCUUGUUUUUUUUAUUUGCUUUAGUGGAAAUAGAAAGAAUUGAACAGUAAAACAACAAACAAACAAACAAGUACACAAAAGAGACUAGAUUAAAAAAUAACAAUAAAUAAGGAAAAUCAAUAGAAUCGAGUUAUAUACAACAAUGAUUUUCCAGCUCUUUUGUUCUGAUCAAGUAAUCUUGCAUUUUCGUUGAUUACACACACACACACACAAACGAAACACAUAUUUCAAUAAUACUACUACUACCACUGCCUUUCUUUCAACUAUUAUGUAUUAAUUAUUCAUUCAUCAACUGUAAUAAACUCUUUGUGAAUGUUUAUUCCUUGUUUUCUUUCGGUUUUUCAGUUUCACUUCUUCAUCAUCCACUAUUUUUCGUUCGUAUACAGUAGAAAUAUUCUGAAAACCCUAACUCCCUACAUAUACUGUUUUUAUUUUUCUGUUUUCAACUUUCAAUUUAAAUUAAAUAUAGACACAUUUAAACAAACAAACAAAUUACAGCACAGAAAUUAAAUAUUAUUUAGUUGAGUCUAUUUAUUUUCCUUUAGCCUUUUUUCGUUAAUAAAAUUUACUGGUUUUCUUCUG